AUGAUAAUUGCUAAUAUCUUGAUAAAAAAUUGUACUGUUCAAGCUGCCUCGCCAAGACGAACAAAGCCUCAGCGGCGGAUUGCAUCGCGCUCUCGCCGCGGAUUGAUUGACAGUUUGGGUGCCUUAGAUCAUACUGGAAAAGCGGCAGAUGGAUGGAACAAAAUUCUGGACCAUUUGAACGGUUCCGAUCCUCCCUCAGCAUCACCUGCUGAUGAUCGGGCCGGAACUGGUUCUCCGUCCAUCAUUGGGAUUCCAACCGAUCCACCUACCAAGACAACUUCCAAUCCGACACAAUCGCCUACACAAUCGCCUACCAAAUCGCCUACUAAGGUUCCGACAAAGAGUCCGUCUUUUGCUCCAUCAAAGAGUCCGGUCUUUGCUCCAGUAAAGCCGCCAACUUUUGCACGAACAAAUAGACCCAGUCCAGCACCAACCAAAAGUACGCCUUCUCCGACAAAUAAUCCUACAAAUGCCGCAACAAAGAAACCUACUGCCACCCCUACAAAGAAACCUACUUUGGCGCCAACCAAGAAACCGACUGACGGGCCAACUAAGACACCUACUGGUGCACCAACCAAGAACCCGACUGGCGCUCCUACAAAGAAACCUAGUGGGGCUCCUACAAAGAAACCAACUUUGGCGCCGACCAAGACACCGACUGAUGGACCAACCAAGAAUCCCACUGGUGGACCAACAAGGAGCCCGACAAAAGUACCUACCUCUGUUCCCACGAGUGUACCAUCCAAAGAACCCGAAGUUGUAUAUUCAAGUACUGGUCCAACAGUUUCUCCAACAUCGGCACUCAAAUCUCCAUCUCCUGCUCCUACGGAUACUCCUUCCGAAAGUCCAUCUACAGCUCCCACAAUAAUCGAAACAGAGCCCCCUGUUCCUUCUCCAACAGCUGUACCGUCAAAGGCUCAAUCUUCGAAUCCAACAAAGAUUGCUACAGGAAUUCCAUCAGAAACACCUAGUUCUGUUCCAUCACCAGUUCCAACCGUUGAUCCCAAGUCUCCAACUGGAAAACCUACUACUAAUCCAUCUGAAUCCCCGUCUGCUCAACCUUCAUUUUCACCGACCAAAAGCCCUACAAAAAGCCCAGCUCCUUCGGUACUUCCUUCUGAGGGGCCGUCGGCAACCCCUUCUGCCACACCAAGUCCUACAUUGACUAUGGUACCAACAGAAGAUGAUAUUCCAGACUCCGCAGUUUUUUGCCCAAAUGCAGACGCAUCGAAAGUUUCCAGGCUUGAAGUGUGGUGGAAAUAUUCUGUCCACUUCAAUGCUGACGUCGACAGAGCAUCUGCAUUGAUGAUGCUCCAGAUGAAGUUGGCUGCGGAGUUGGAAGAUGAACUAUUGCAGUGUAACGACAGAAAUGAGUCUCGAAGACUUGAAGAAGGAGAAGGCAUAGUGGGUGUUGACUAUCUUCCAUUGGAUGAACAACUAGAUGAAGUUUGUCCUGGGGUUUCUGUUAACUGUGUGGUUUACAAAGGAAUGAUUUCGUUGUACCUAGAAUACACUGGAAAUGUGGAGGAUGCAAUUGGAACGACAAGGAAGAAGAUUAUCGACGUGAUGAGCCUAGAUGCGGAUGGAAUUAUUGGUGACGACAUUUCCCAAAUCGAAUACCUCUCUCCUGAUAUGCAAACAUCAGCCGCACAAGGAAGUGGAACAGGUGAUAGUGUCUCCACCGGUGAGUCCGUUGGUACUCCUACUGCCGCUUUGGUCUCACUUGGAGUAGUUUGCGCAGCCAUUGCCUUGACCAUGGGAUAUCGCUACAAGAAUCGAGUGGACGAUGCUGCUCUUUCAACAAUUGGGCCAUGUGGCUCGCAAUUGACAAUGACAAGCUCACAACUGUCAGGUUCACACUUGUCGGGCUCACAACUAUCGGGCAAUACUGAUAGCUCGCCUGGUCUUUCCACAAUGAUGCCAAGCACGUAUCGCCUCGGAGAAUCACACUGCAUGGAUGCCAUCCUGGAAGCUGAGGGCAGUGAUACGUCUAGCCAGGGAAGGAAUGUUUCAAUAAUCAUUUCUGAGAGCGGGUAUAGUGAGGAAGACUCCCUUGCAAACCCAAGGGGAGCAUCUAAUCUGGACAAGUCGGGCGAAUAUCUUCUGGGCGCGCAUAGAGUGGGCAGCGGGUACAGAAUGGGUCAACUCAUGAAUGAUUCAGACCAACUCUUGGAUGAUUCAUUCUCCGAUAUCCAAUCGCCGUACGAUUCAAGCUUCGAAGAACCGUUCCCAGCCCAUCGUCGGACGUACACUGGACAAUCUAAUGCAUUGGGGCCUUCUCCUUUGGCCUUCCUGGACCAAGAUGAUUCUGAGGAGUUUUAA